AGUUAGUGUGGCAGAGAAAGGUGUGGGCAGGAGGCUGAGAGGAGGCAUCUAGUGUGGGAUUGUCGGACACAGUGUGUUUGAGGCACAGGGAGAGAUCCAGUCCAAGCUGGGAGUGCGGAUAACUUCAUCUCCACCACCCUAACUGCCAGGAACACAGCUGGUAACAUUGAUUCUUCUCUCUUUGGCCAGUCAGCGGUUGAGUUGGAUCCUGAAUAUGUCCAACAAUGCUUUGGUGAUUGAAGACAAGCCUCCACCCAUGAGGAUCAACAGCACAAUAGACGGGGGCAAUACGAGCGAAGGGAAUUAUGGGACUAAACCGCUGUCUACUAACCAAGAUGAAAAAGAAAAGAAAAAGAAGCUGCCAUUUUUCAUCUUUUCUGGGCAUAAAGAUAAACUAAAGGAAAAAAGAGAUAUUCUGAUAUCCAGUCCGUUUGGCUGUGAACAUAUUCAUCAUGUGGGGAUUGACCCAGCUACAGGAGAAUUUACUGGAAUGCCACAUCAGUGGGCCAGCCUUCUGAAGAAUGCAAAGAUCAGUAAAAUUGAUCAGAAGAAGAACCCACAGGUUGUUCUGGAUGUACUGAAUUUCUACAGCUCUGAAACAACGUCCAAGAGCCAAAAAUACAUGAGCUUCACAGAUAAAUCGAAAGAGGCUUAUGAUUCCAUUGCCAUCUCGGAUGCAAAGGCUGAGGAAGCAGAGGUCCCUCCUGUGCCAGCAGCUGAAGAUUGUGAAGUUGCCCCAGCCUUCCCUCCACGUCCUGAACACACAAAAUCAAUAUACACACGCACUAUUAUUGAGCCUCCAGUCCCAACACUUGCAGCAAAAUCAGAUACAGAAAAUGGCAUUUCGACCACAGAUGGAGCUGCAAGCAACGUAGACAAGACAAAUAAGAAGCCCAAGAUGACAGACGAGGAGAUCUUAGAGAAGCUGAGAAGCAUAGUAAGUGUAGGAGACCCAAAGAAAAAAUACACAAGAUUCAAGAAGAUUGGACAGGGGGCAUCUGGGACUGUAUAUAUUGCUUGUGACGUGGCCACAGGCCAAGAGGUGGCGAUCAAGCAGAUGACUUUGCAACAGCAGCCGAAGAAAGAGUUAAUUAUCAACGAGAUCCUUGUAAUGAGGGAAAACAAGCACCCAAAUAUUGUGAAUUACCUGGAUAGUUACUUGGUUGGGGAAGAGCUGUGGGUUGUGAUGGAAUAUCUAGCAGGUGGAUCUCUCACUGAUGUUGUAACGGAGACCCGUUUGCAAGACGGUGAGAUUGCAGCAGUGUGCAGAGAGUGUCUUCAGGCUUUGGAAUUUCUACAUUCAAACCAAGUCAUACAUCGGGAUAUUAAAAGCGACAAUGUUCUCCUGGGGAUGGACGGUGCUGUGAAACUGACUGAUUUUGGGUUCUGCGCACAGAUUACACCAGAACAGAAUAAACGCAGUACUAUGGUGGGUACACCAUAUUGGAUGGCUCCUGAAGUGGUGACCCGGAAAGCCUAUGGGCCAAAAGUGGAUGUAUGGUCUUUGGGGAUCAUGGCUAUUGAAAUGGUGGAGGGGGAGCCGCCAUACUUGAAUGAAAAUCCUCUAAGGGCACUGUACCUUAUUGCUACCAAUGGAACUCCAGAGUUGCAGCAACCAGAGGAGCAGUCGACUACAUUUAAAGACUUCCUGAGCAGGUGCCUUGAGGUGGAUGUUGAAAAGAGAGGUUCAGCCAGGGAUCUCCUACAGCACCCGUUCCUGAAGAUCGCCAAACCGCUGUCAAGCCUGACGCCAUAUAUAAUUACAGCAAAAGGCGGUCUCUGAGCGAAGACACAUCAGCUCGCGCUUCUGGUACUACACUUACACCUGCACUCUUUUUAUUCCUCCCCAUUAUAGCCAGGCUGCUGGGCACCUGGAACAAAUAAAAGUUAUAAUAUAAAUGCUGGUUUCAAUUGAUAAAUUGUAGCAUUCUGGUGGGUCUGCUUCUGGACUUUUAGAAAAAGGACUCUAAAUUGUUUAUAUGAAGCAACAAGAUUGUUUUUUAAUUAUCUAUUUUUAUGGCUCUGAGCUUUGUUGAUGUUGAUCAGAAUAAAUUAAACCUUUUUUUUUUUU